GUGACAUGCUUGCAUGUCCACUUUAAAACCGGGGCCAUGACCAACGACGAGGCAGUUGCAUCCAGCUCGAAUGCUGCGUCCGCGAGCGCAGCUAUCACAGAUAAAGUCCGCGUACUCUGCCUGCACGGAUACAGGCAAUCGGCAGACUCCUUCAAAAACAAACUGGGCUCGUUCAGAAAGUUUACCACAAAAUAUGCCGAGUUUGUGUUUAUCAAUGCUCCUCAUGUAGCUCAACCUUUUGAGGCAUCUUCGCCAGCAUUGCCCGAGCAACGUAGUUGGUGGGCCAACAAAGACGACGGUAGUUUCAAGGGCACUAACAAAGGUGGCCCGGCAUAUGGAUUUCAAGAAAGCUUGCGCGUGGUUGAAGAGGCGUGGAAGAAAGAUGGUCCAUUUCAAGGUCUACUUGGAUUUUCGCAAGGUGCUUGCUUUGUGGGCUUAAUAUGUGGCUUAGCUAAAAAGAAAUUAACGUCAAUACGUCCCGAGUUUGCGGUGCUCGCAUCUGGCUUUAUAUCCGGCAGCUUAGUACAUAUGAGUGCCUAUGAGGAACGAAUCACAAUACCAACGUUGCACAUUUACGGUCUGACUGAUGAAAUCAUAUCUAAGGAUAUGAGCGAAUCGUUAGCGGCACAUUUUAAAAAUGUCGAGGUGCUCGAGCACAAUGGAGGCCACUAUUUUCCGGCCACUGCGCAACAGAAGCAGACGUACAUUAACUUCUUUCAAGAUCGGCUACAGGAGUAUUUGGAGCACUUAGAGCUGCAACAGAGCAGUAAUGCAUCGUACAUUGAUAGUGGCGAAGAUGAUGAGGUGGCCGAUUUAACGGAUGCCAAUGAUGCCGAAGUGGCUGCUAUGACGGCGGCUGCCAGCUCAGAUCUAGAUGAUAGCGACUAGAUUAUUUUCGUUUUUCAUUUUUGUUUUUUAAUAAUAAUGAAAUCUUAUUACAAUAAUAAUUUGAUUAUAAAUUAUAAUAAAAUUAAAUCCCAAUAUAUUCAA